AUGAAUACCCAUUAUGGUUUAUUGUGUGAUUGGCGUAGAGAAGAAGAAGAAAGAGAAGAAGGAGAAGAAGAAGAAGAAGAAGAAGAAGAAGAAGAAGAAGAAGAAGAAGAUGAUGAUGAUGAUGAUGAUGAUGAUGAUGAUGAUGAUGAUUUGGAUGAUGAUGAUGAUGAUGAUGAUGAUGAUGAUGAUGAUGAUGAUGAUGAUGAUGAUUUGGAUGAUGAUGAUGAUGAUGAUGAUGAUGAUGAUGAUGAUGAUGAUGAUGAUGAUGAUGAUGAUGAUGAUGAUGAUGAUGAUGAUGAUGAUGAUGAUGAUGAUGAUGAUAAUGAUGAUGAUGAUGAUGAUGAUGAUGAUGAUGAUGAUGAUGAUGAUGAUGAUGAUGAUGAUGAUGAUUUGGAUGAUGAUGAUGAUGAUGAUGAUUUGGAUGAUGUUGAUGAUGAUGGAAUAGAAAUUUCAGUAAACUUCUCUAUCUACAAAUUCAACUUUUCGCCUAUAUCAUCACAUAAUGCCGAUUUACCGCCAUCAAUUACUCCUCCUGUUCUAUCCACAAUGAUGUCAUCAUCCUCCAGCUCCUCAAAUAUUUACCCUCCAUCGGGUCUACCACCUGUGAAUUCAAUAAAUCAAUCCAAUUUAUCCUCAGCUAGACAAUUACCAUCUGUUGUUACACCACCACCUCUGCUAGAUGCCAAUUAUAACAAUAAUAAUAAUAGAAACUAUCCUGUAAUGAACCAUCGUUAUGUACAACCUCCAAAUAAUAAUCUAUUAGGAUCAGAUUCCGUUUCUGGAAAUAGCAUAAUCGUCAAAAAUUAACGGAUGUUGAACAUCGUCUGAAUCAAUUCUUUAUGAAUAUAUCUACUGGUCAAUUACAAUUAAAUCCUCCAUCAAUGGAAUAUUUACAUCACUGUAUUCAUUCCAUUGAAUCUAAUGAUUAUAUAAAUGCUUUACAACAAAUUAAUUUAUUUAUACAAUCUGCAAUACAAUUAUCAGAUAUUCAAUGUUAUGGACCAGCAUUAAAAAGAUUAAUUCAAACAGCUAAACAGUUGUCCAUUGAAAUGAACAAUACUACUACUACUACUAUUACUACCACUACUAAUGGAUAAACACAUAGAUAGCGGUGUUCCACUCUUCUAAUCUAAUCCAACCAUCUACUGUUCCCUAACACUUUAACAGAUUGAAGGAUUGGAGUGAGUUUUUGUUGGCUUCAAACGAUGUUGGCGAUUAGUUCUUUGUUUUCCUGUUGUUUUUCUUCUUUGUUCUUUGUUUACUUAUCAUUCUAUACUUUUUGUCGCUAACGGUUGAUUGUAUUGUGUAUACGUACUGAGUUUAAGUGAAGAAUUGGGGG